GUCAUCGUGCUGCAGGUUACGGCGGAUUCAGGGAUAUUUUUUGAAGUGAUGAACUUUACGACGUCGCUGCAGGAUGUUGUGGUCGUGAAGUUCCGGACGCAAAAGGUUGCCAAGAUGAAAAGGGUGGAUAACUCGGUGGAAAGAAAGAAGUCGGAGGCUGCAUGUACCAUCCAUUCGGGUGGCUAGGCGGUGGGACGCUGUAUGGUGGCCACAUAGGCUGAUAGUAGAAGGUGCGUGGGAUUGGACUGGGUUGACUUGAUUCGAAGUCAAUUCUCGUGUCAGAUCGACAAAAUUAGCGGAGACUGGAGCAAUCGAUGCAUUGUUCGGCUGUUGAUGCUGGUCCGUUUCGGUGAACUCGAAUCAUCAGGCGGUGUUAUAUCAGCAGGAAUAGGCAAAGACGAGAUAGAAACAGUAGUUGUGCGCUUAUUCUGUGAUCCGGUGACUGAGUUGGCUUUGCGUUUGCGAGAGACGGGGCAGCUUUCGUCAUCCAAACUGCUGCCUCUGAAUAGCCGAUCCAUUAAAGCAUCAAGUGAUUCACGGACUCUAUCGUGGAUUUCGGAAAAAGGAUCUUCAACACGCAUUGGCAACGAUGAACGUGCUGACAUCAGCUCGACGUUGAUGGCGUUUGUGGAUGCGUUGACCGCGGCCAGCUCAGUGAUCAUUUUGGAAUUGGUGUCCAGUUUCAUGGCAAGAACAUCAAAGAACUCGUCUGAAUGUUGCUGCCUGCAGUCUGAGCAAAGCCAUAGGAUUCCGUCAUUUUCAUGGUGAGCCUUGAGCUGAGGUCCCGAAACUCGAGCACAUGAGAUAUGAAAUGUUUUUUUGCAUCUCCCGUUGCACUUGA